AUGAUUCCUCCGGGGGAAUGCCUAUAUGCUGGGAGGAAAAGGAGGAAACCCAUUCAGAAACAAAGGCCUGCAGUUGGGAAUGAAAAAUCAAAUCCUUCGAAGAGACACAGGGACCGUCUGAAUGCGGAACUGGACCACCUGGCCAGCCUCCUGCCUUUUCCACCUGACAUCAUAUCAAAGCUGGACAAACUUUCCGUCUUGCGCCUUAGUGUCAGCUAUCUCCGAGUCAAAAGUUUCUUUCAAGCCAUUCAAGAAAAGCGCUUUAAGAAGCAAGUUGGCCAAACGAUAAAAGAAGACAAUGUACCUAACAAGACUGCUGUACAAGAAGGUGGACUUCUACUAGAAUCACUGAAUGGUUUUGCGUUGGUGGUGAGUGCAGAUGGAAUGAUAUUUUAUGCGUCAUCAACAAUUGUGGACUAUCUAGGGUUUCAUCAGACUGAUGUAAUGCACCAAAACAUAUACGAUUACAUUCAUGUGGAUGAUCGCCAGGAUUUCUGUAGACAACUGCAUUGGGCCAUGAAUCCUCCCCAGAUGUUGUCUGGACAGCAACUACAGACAGAAACAGGAGAAGAAUAUAUUCUCAGUAAAUUGUUUAAAGCACAAGAGAACGACAGCACGACAACAGAUUAUUCUUCCUUCUUAACUCGUUGUUUCAUCUGCCGAGUUCGCUGCUUGUUGGACAGUACUUCUGGCUUCCUUACAAUGCAGUUCCAAGGCAAACUAAAGUUUCUUUUUGGACAAAGGAAGAAGUCCUCAUCAGGGACAGUAUUACCACCACAGCUCUCUUUAUUCUGCAUAGUGGUACCACUUCUGCUCCCUACCAUGACAGAGAUGAAGAUGAAAAGCCUGCUUGUGAAAGCAAAACACAAGGCUGACGAUGCAGCAGCAGUGAAUACAAACUCCAGUUCCAAAGGUAAUUCAGGUCUGUGUGAAGCAGCAGAAUUAUAUGGAAGAAACAGUCAUCAUGAAGGUGCAGCUUUCACUAAUGUGUUACAGAUUGCUGAAAACCAAAUCAAAGCAAAGAAUAAUGGAGAAAAUGGCAUUUCUCUAGUCAAAGUACAAACAAAUGAAGAUCAUUGGGUCUGGGUUCAAGCUAACACUCAACUUCUGUAUCGAAGUGGCUGCUCAGAAUAUGUCCUUGCCCAACAGCAAAUGUUAAAGGAAGAAGAUGAGCAACUGAAAAUACCAAGCAGUUUUGCCAGUUUGAAAGGAAACCUGGAAGGACUUUCCUAUAACAGUGCCAUUGAAACUCUGGGCCAGUGGAAGCAUCUUAACUGGACAGCAGUAAAAAAUGAACAAGAUAAUGUAAAAGUGAAGUUUGAGCCUCAUACAAAUGGUGAGUGUUUUAUGCAAGAGGAACCUCUCAGUUCUAACACAUCAGUUUUAGGCGUUCAAAACAACUGUACCACAAACAGUAGCUGGACUUUGAGAAACUCAAGCUCUUGUUCUAUGAGCCAGCGAAUGAACACAUGUUCAAACAGGAGAGCUGGAUCAUUCUACAACAGAGACCAAAGUGUCUUAAAUUUAGCAUCAACUUGCCCUUCCCACUGGGGGAGUGCAGAAAGCUGCCAGUCUUACUCGGGUGUACAACAGCGUUGUGCGGAGAACUAUGCGACGGACCAUCUGAAAUUGCAGAGACCAUUAAUAUCCUCAGAGUCUGUCUAUGACGCAGCCUUUCCCUUGGAGAUGCCUGUCAAAACGGAAUACGAUUCCGAUUCUGAAAACAUUGCCGAUAACUACUUGACAUCCCAAAACCGAGCCUGGCUGGAUGAGAACGGCUCCGUGAGAAGGCAGGUGUUUAGCUACCCCAAUAGAGUGCACCUCAAAACAGAACCGGACCUCUGUGAGCCAGCCUCACCUUGUCAGAAGCCAAGGCACUGCCUUUACACGCCGCAUAACUGGCAAUGCAUUGUAGCAAAUCAUCCCAACAACCUAAACCUGAACAGAUCUUGCAAGGGUUCACGUAGCAAGGAGGUGGCCCCAUUUUGCCCUCAGAACUCCUCUGGGUGUUUGGAAAGCAUGCCUGACCUGCCACACAUGGCGUGCUAUGGCCAUUUCUACAGCCCCAGCCCAGGGGAGGAGAAAGAGCAGAGUAAUGAGGUUUUUAAAAUGCCAUGUGAAUUUAAAAACCCCUGCUUGGUUCAAGCAAUCAAGCGUGAGCCUCUGGAUUCUCCACCGUUGUCCAACAGUGGACAGAUUAGAGUACACAUGAGCUUCCCUGAAAAUACAUUAGCAGGUCCUGUGCCUCAUAAAACCACUGAAUGUACAUUUUUACAAUAG